AAUGAUAAUCAACAAUUAAAUGAUCAUAAUCGAUUAUUAUUGACAGAUCCAAUUGUACAGCAAAGAUUCUAUCAGAAUCUUUGUUAUUAUGCAAUACAACAACAAAUGGUUAAUACUACAACGACGGCAAUGGAUAGUCAAAUUGGAUCAUCAUCUUCAUCAUCAUCGUCCCCGUCGACCAAUUCAAAAUUUCAACCACAACAAAAAACUUUGGUAAAACAAUCAUCAUCCAUGAUGAAUGGUACACAAACAAAAUCGAAAAACAUGAAACGAACAAAUCAGAAUAACAAAUCUAAACAAUCAUCAUUGAAUAUUCGUAAUCGAAUAAAAAUUGGUAAAUCAAAUCGAAUAAAAAAUGAAUGUACCAAAACAAAUGCAAAACCAUCAUUAAUUUUGAAAAGCAUUGAUGAUGAUAAUAAUAACGAUAAUGUAGAAAGAAAUGAUAAACUUACUAGCUUAGAAAUGAUAAUCAAUAUGUCGAAUGAAAUAAUCCAACAACAACAGCAGCAGCAACCGGAUUUGAAUUGUCCAUUGAAAUUGUCGCGAUCUUCAGGUUCCAACGAUUCGGAUCAGGAUUCAGAUAUGGAACCAAUCAAUUGUCGUAAUCACAAUCAACGAUAUCGUAAAAUUCGUCGUAAUCGAACUGUAUUCACUGAGCUUCAAUUAAUGGGCCUAGAACGUAGAUUCGAUAGUCAAAAAUAUCUUUCCACACCCGAUAGGACCGAUUUGGCGAUUGCAUUGGGAUUAACACAAUUACAAGUGAAAACCUGGUAUCAAAAUCGUCGUAUGAAAUGGAAAAAACAGGUAAUGCAAAAUGGAUGUCCAUUUCCACCGACCAAACCAAAAGGACGACCGAAAAAAGAUUCUAUACCUACUUAUGGAUUGGAAUUCACCAAAUCUAUUCUUUGUCCAUUGAUGAAUGCUAUUGAUUCGGAGUCCACACCAUCAUCAUUAUCAUCUUCAUCAUCAACAUCUACCGUUGUAGUAGCAACGAUUGCAGAUGCAUUAAAUUCUUCAUCAUUCUGA